AUGCACAUUUCAACAUUAUUAUCAAUUUUGACAUUGUCAACUACAAUCUUGGCUGCUCCCUUGGACAAAAGAGCAUCUCCCAAAUACCAUACAUUAGACUUUGAUGUUGUGGAUAUGACCCCUUCGUCCAAAAGAGAAGAGACUGAGACCAUCUACCGCCGCACAUUGUACUAUUUCGCUCGAGUUUCAAUUGGAUCCACCAAACAACAAAUUGGAGUCGCUGUUGAUACUGGUAGUGCUGAUUUAUGGUUCCCAUCCAAUGAUGCUACUUGUACUGGCGGCAGUGAUUGUAAAUCUUUGGGAAGUUUCACUCCAUCAAUAUCCAACACAUUUCGCAAUUUAACCACGUCGGUGAAUAGCAAUUACGGUGAUGGGAAUGGAGCUACUGGAUAUUGGAGUAAAGACGAUUACUGGUUUUCCGAUGGCACCAAAAUCGAGCAGAUCCAGUUUGGGUUGAUGAAUGCUGUCGCUAGAGAUACGGGGGUUUUGGGAUUGGGCUCACCUGAUUUGGAAGCCACUGAUGACAAAUACCCCAAUUUCCCGGCUGUGUUGAAAAACGCUGGAAUCAUUGAUAAGACAGCUUAUUCAUUAUACUUGAAUCUGGCUACCGCAUCCAGUGGAAGUGUCGUUUUUGGUGCUAUUGACAAAGCCAAAUACUCUGGCGAUUUAGCAGUACUCGAUUUUGCUGACUAUACAUGGACAGCAGUCAAACUUGACUCAGUCACAGCCCCAAAUGGAUCAACUGUCAAUCUCAAUAUCCCAGUUGCAUUAGAUAGUGGUACUACUUACAUUCAGUUGGAAACAUCAGUUGCUAAACAAAUUUAUCAGGCUCUCGGGUUAAGUGAAUCAGGAACCGCAUCAUGUGAUCAACUUUCAUUGGAUUCCAAUCAAUUGACAUUUAAUUUUGAUGGUGUUUCAAUAACCAUUCCUUACCAAACCUUAUUUUACCAAUUCUCGGGAGGAUCUUUAUGUCAAGCAAGAAUUUAUGGUUCGAGUGAUGGAAAUAACUUUUUUGGUGAUUUAUUCUUACAAAAUGCUUAUGUGGCAUUCAAUCUUGAUUCUAAAAAGGUUGGAUUAGCUAAAGCUAAUUACAAUGAUGCCACAGACUUGGCUGAUUUCUGGUUUUAA